AUGCCCACGAUCGCCCAGAUCCGCGCCUCCAACGCGCAAAUCAGCACCGCCCUCCCCCCCGGGCUCGUCGCCGUCUUCGCAGGCGCCACCAACGGCAUCGGCGAGUCGGCGCUGCUGCAAUUCGCCAAGAACACCGUGAAGCCGCGCAUUUACUUUUUCGGGCGUUCCCAAGAGGCCGGCGAGCGGGUGCUUGCCAGCUUGCAAAAGAUUAACCCGGACGGAGAGUAUAUUUUCAAGGCGGUGGAUUUGAGUCUGUUGAGUGCGGUGGAUGAGGUGUCGAGGGAGAUUAGGGAGAAGGAGAAGGUGGUGAAUUUGCUGUUUUUGAGUACCGGGACGCUGGUUACGGGGAAGGAAACCUCCGAAAACCUCCACCUCCCCUUCGCCACAGCAUUCUUCUCCCGCCUCCGCCUAACCACCAACCUCCUCCCCCUCCUCCGCGCCCCUUCCACCUCCCCCAACACCCUCCGCCGCGUCGUAACCGUCCUAGCCGGCACCAAAGAAGGCCCCCUCCUCUCCCUCCCACCCAAACCCGAAUCCAAAUCCACCGCCCACGACCUCCAACUCCGCGCCCCCACCGCCCCGUCCCUCCUCACCCCCCGCGGACGCGGCCACACCGUCACCUUGACGACUCUCGCGCUGGAAGCGAUUGCUAAGGAGGCGCCGGAGGUCGGGUUCGUGCAUGAUUUCCCUGGGGCGGUGAGGAGUAAUUUGGGAAGGGAUUUAGAUGGGUGGGGGUGGAAGGUGGCGCUUGGGUUAGUGCAUGGGGUUGUGUAUCCUGUGCUGGGACUGGUGGGGGGGUUGGUGCCGGUCGAGGAGGCGGGGGAGAGGCAGGUUUAUUUUGGGACUAGUGGACGGUUUCCGGGGGGCGGGGAUAAUAAGGGAGGUGAUGGGGUGCCGGGGGGGGAGGGGGGGGGUGUGGCGGUGGGCACGGAUGGGAAGGUGGGUAGUGGGGUGUAUUCGGUGACAGAGGCCGGGGAGAGUGCGGGGGAGAAGGUGGUGGAGUUGUUGGGGGGGUAUCGGAGGGAUGGGACGGCGGAGGCGGUGUGGAAGUGGGUGGAAAAGGAGUUUGUGAGGAUUACGGGGGGGGUCUCUAUUUAG